GCAGCGGACGGAAACAAACGCGAAACGAAAGCAGCGCACGCGGAAAUGGCCGCCGUUCACCCGGAGCCGGCGGAGACUCUGCCGUUGGGCUGGGAAUGCCGUUUCGAUCCCAGAACGGGCCGCAACUACUUUAUAAAUCACAGAGAACAAACGACAACAUGGGAAGAUCCGCGGCUGCGAUACCCACAGUUGCAGCAGGGCAGCUAUGCAAAGUACUACCUCUACGGCAGUGGCAGACCCACACCAGGCCAGGCUGCGUCCAAGCAAAAGUAUUUUCAAGAUGACCUUGCAAUGGCCUGCCCUCCGUACUACGGUAUGGUCUACUAUCCACCACCACCACCUUCAACUACAGUUUCCAAUUCAACCACAGCAUCGCCCAGGGAAGGCUUCUACACUGCAGCAGCAAGACCUGUGGGCACCUAUUCACCUUACUUUGGAAGUCCCCGAACACCAUAUCGUUUCAAGUCUGACACAGCAGUUCCAGUUGAUGAGCAGCUUCUCAUGAAACUGUGCCUUCAAUUUCCAACCGUAGAAGAGGGCCACAUCUUCACUCUGCUAAAGCAAUACCACAAUAGAGACAAUGUCGUGGUGAGCGCCUUGCUGGCUGAAGGACAUCCACGUGCCCAGACACACCCCAAUGCCCAUGAGCACUUACCUCCAAAGCUGCUCAAGGUUGAUGAGACUCUUGUAACAAAGCUUCAUGGCUUCUUCCCAACAAUUGAUCAGGAAACAAUAAGGGGUCUUCUUUACAAGCACAACAACCAGGAGCAUGAGGUGAUUCGCAUGCUGGUGUCGGGCCCCAACAACUACAUCAUCCGGCACCAGAGUGCAGCACCAAGCUCACCAAAAAUGAAGCUGCGGUAUCUCAAGCUGCUGUUUCCUGAAGCUGACGAAGCAAUGCUCUUCAACAUGCUCUAUAACUGUGAUAACAACGCCCAGGAGGCCAUGACAAGGCUGCAUGACCUGGGCUACAAGAAACGUGAUGCCCCUUUGCCCAAGAGCACUCCCAUCAAACAGGUGGUACCUGCCAAACCGCCUAUUAUGGAAUUUCGCAGGCCCUCCCAAGUGGUACCACCCACCAAAGCAGAUCGGCAGAAGCUGAUGUCACACCUACAUGAGCAGUUCCCUGCCGUGUCCCAGACGUUGCUCAACAUGGCCCUGGAGAGCAGCCAGUACAAUGAAGACAGGGCCAAGCAGUUCCUCCAGGCCAUGACUCCGCAGGACAGCCGUCCACUCCUUGGUUCUGAGGGCAUACAGCCGGGAGUGUUGGUCAAGAGCACUCCCCCCGUCCCGCCACGAAGCCGCCAUGCCUCCCCAGCCCAGACUGAUGGCCUGACCCUUGUCACCAAAUCUGCACCGUCCACUAAGGAAGGGUCCUCCAAAGAAGAAACCCAUCUGAUAACUGUCAGUGACAAGGCUACAUCCCCACCUCCUAAAUCCAUAACUGAACGAGCAUUUAGGCCCAAGUUUCUUCGAAAGUUGUUCAAGUUCUCUAAAGGUACCAGCACCCAUGAAGACCAGAUGACGCAACCUUCCAGUCGAAUCUGUCCUAAGGGGCCCAAUGCUAGUCUUCUUAAAGGGCCAAAUGAUGGCAACCUCUUGCGUGAGUACAUGCCAUGGCAGGGCCCGGACCCGGACAACCGACGAGGUCCUGACCCAAGCUUGCGACGAGGCCCUGACCCCAAGAACCUGGCCAGUAAGGAAGGAGCCACCAAGGCCAGAGGUCCCCAGGCAUCAAGCUUGUUCCGCCGAGGGCCCCUCAAGGACAUAACCUUCCGCUCCUUCCUCCGUGGGUCCUCACUAUCUUCAGGUGGUAGUGACUCACCACAGGGCUCAAAGUCCUCCUCCUCCCAGCAGUGAUCCGAACAGGACUGUACCCAUAGGCUCGACUUUCUGUGGUAGCGAAAGCCAAGGUGUAAUGUCUUGCGCCUUUUGCUCUGUCUGGGUGAAAGUAGUGCAUAGAAACUUCACUGUUUCCUAGUUUUGUUUUUCACCCAUUUACCCAAGAACACGACUAUGACUUGUCCCUUGAAAAAUACUACCGUUCUGCAAAAAGCUCUAAAUGCAUCUUUUAAAACUGACAGGCAAGCUGCAUCUGGCAUUGAGGGCAGAAAAAAGCCUAGUGCAGACAUGCAGCACUGCUGCUCCAUGUGGCACAUUUAUUUUAAAUGUGAUGACUUGGCAAUGUAGUAGAAAAUGAGACUAUAAUUUUUGCCCUUUUUGCUUGUGUGAUCUGGAAAUGUCUAUAAAUAAGAAAAUUUAGUGCUUCACUAUCGGAAAAUCUGCACAGACUAACCUAGCUGUUACAAAUACCAAGGUCGAAAUGCUGGCAUGUUAGCACUGCCACACGAAGCUGCCACCGAGUGCAGGGCCAUGCCCUUGGUGCCUACUUGGUACACAUGCUCACUAAAAGCUUGUCAAAGCGCCAACCAUGAAAUGAUAAGAGAAGGGAAGUGUGUAUGCACUGGGAACAGGACCUAAUUUGUUGUAGCUGGUGCAACUCGAAGCUUUAAAUGUGUACUGUGCUUGUGCUCAAAUUGGUGAUGAUGCUUUUUUUAUUUUGACUGAUUCAACUAAGCAGGCUAUUAAUGUUAAAUGCUCUAUUUUACAGUAUACACUACAAAAUGUCUUGGUUCAAAAUUUGCGACCAACAAAUUCUUUGUAUAUGCAAGAAAUUUAAGUUGUUGCAGUAAAUAUAUGCAGGUUACUGUAGUGUCUCACAAAGCAUGAAACAGACAGCCCUUUUCAUUAGACGCAAUUUAGGCUUGGCAGUUAGCUGACCUAAUGCUGUGAUUAUGGUCUCCCCCUGUUAAAAAAAAUAUAGAAUGGGUCGUUUUAGUGUCUUGGCAAAAAAAGUAAAUGAAUCACAUUAGAAGUAAUGAGUGUGACUAAUGAUUGAAAGGCUUCAUAAAUUUUUGUCACCAGCAUCCAAGCAAGUUUUAUUCACUUGUUCUUAUUCAAGCCUUGAAGCUAUUUGAAUCAUAAGUAAUGUUGGUGGGUCCACAUAUUAAACUCCUUGAUUUUCAUGCUUUAUGUCUGUAGUACUUAAACCAAGUCACUUGUGGACCACUUCACACAUUUUUGUUUUUGGCAACCAAAAUUAGUGUCAGUCUUAUUGCAGGAACCAUAGAAUAAGGAAGGAGCUACAUGUUAAUAUAUUCUCCGAUGUGUGUGCCCUGCUUUACCCACUCGCAGGGAAAUGCCAAUAUACCUUAUCACAUUGAUUUUGCACAUGUUUCACCCCAUUGUAAUAUUGUGCUGGUGUUCAUGAGCCUGCAUAUUGGCGUAUAAUUCAUGUACACUUUCAUAAUGAUGAGAAACAUGGACAGGCAAACAUGAAAAAUGCCACUUGUGGCUAAAGAUGGCCAUAAUGCACACAGUUAUGAGCUGCAGUGCUGUGCAGAUCAUUAGGUCUGCAGGUGUUCAUAGGGAUAGAUUAUUACUUGAUGCAUUCUAUAAAAUUGUUUUGAAGCGACUUAUCGUGGAAGCUUGGGCGUGUUGGUGAUUCAUUGAAAAAAAAGAACACAAGUUCAAAAUAGUCAGGGACAUGAAAGAGCGACAUGCACACAGCGCUGCGUGCAUGUCACUCUUUCGUGUCGCUGUCUAUUUUGUGCUGUUUUUUUAUUUUUUUCUAUAGAAUUGUUUUUCUGUAAGAUAAGGGGGGUGAGUGAUGCCUCAGGGAACAACUAUAAUUUGGGCUAUUACUGCAGGCUGCUAGUAACCAUAGUGGUUGUAUACAAACACACAGCACUGCAGCAAGAGGAACGAAAGAUUAUGCACAUGAAAAAUAAACCAAGAGAGCUCUGUGCUGCCAUUUCUUUUUUUCUUCUUGUCAACCAUCUUUUGUCCUUGGUCUAUUGGGUGAUUCAUGAAGUCUAAACGUCCUAAAGCCACACUAGGGCUAUUAGAGGCACCGUUGUGGAUGGUCAGGAUAAACUUUGACCACUUGUAGUUUUUAACAUGCAGCUAAAUCUAAAGGCCAAACUACACGUACGCGUGCCGGCGCGUGAAAGCUCACGCUCACGCGUUUUGCGUUUGCCGCGCCUCGUGAGUAAUGGCAAUUUCAACCUACAGGACGCACGUCAGCACACGCCCGCUUAGCUCACAUUUUCGCCUUGGUAGACAUCGUUUCAUUUGGUGCCUCGUGCCAAACAUACCCAAGCCAAGACAAUCCAUUAGCAACCAUCCUGUUGUUGCUAUGCGGACGUGUCUCGUUAGCCCUAUGGGGGCCGGAAUCGCAGAAUGAUCUCGGACAUUGGACAUGCUAUGCGCUUAUAACUAACGUUUCAGGUGAGUUUAGAGAAAGUGAAAGCUCAUUUCAAUAAUUACUGGCGAUCAAUGCGAAUAAGAACGUAGCCAUCACGAGAAUUCACGCUGAAGCGAGAGCCAUGGGUGCCACUAUGUUGGAUAACGCUAUUUCUUGGCGUGCGUAAACAUUAGAUAUCUGUGCUCGAGCCGCACUUCGACACGUGCAAUCUGUCCUGCACCAUCUGCGCGUACGGGAGGUGCGUGGGCACGAGCCUUCGUGUCCUGGCACGCGUACGUGUAGUUUGGCCUUCAGCGCACAAGCAUUUUUGCUUUCCACUCCCAUCAGAAUGCAGCCACCGUGGCAGGGAAUCGAACACAUCACCUACCUCCUGUUCAGCAACAGAAUGCCAUAAUCACUGAGCCACAUCUGUUGUCCUUCCUGUACUGUGUGUUUGCAGUGGAUGAAAAAUUAUAUGCUAGGCUUUAUAGGGUUAAGUGGCUUGUGCUGAGAACAAUGGUGCAUUCUAUUCAUUCUCUGUGAAUGGGCCUCCAAAUAAUUGUUACCUGCAAUCGCUCUCUUGUUCUACUAUGCUUCAGUGGAAUGACUGACUUUCCAGAGGUUGUUAGGGACUUUUUUUUUUUUUUCACCUUUUCACUGCAGGGUAAAUUUGCCUCAAGGUAAAACUGUUCCAUCAAAUGGCUCCUGUUAUCUGAAGGGUAAAUAUCAGCACAAGCUGGUUUUUGGCCUUUGAGCAUGAAUAUGCUUGCAAGACUACUACAUGGGCAUGUGCUCUAAUAUUUUCUGUUUUCAAAAACGAAAGAGUGCUAGCUAUAUACUAGGUGUGCGCAUGCUUGGAUAUAAAACUUUUUUUUGUUAAAAACAGAAGCUUAUUGCUAGCUGUGCAGUAAAGCUUUCUACUACUGCACAGACAUAUGCUUGGAUAUAGCAUUUCCUGCUUAUGCUGGCAAUGCGCUUAAGUCAACCUUAAUUUUUAGUCAGUUGAGUGAGAUGAGAAGGCUGCAUCUAUGGAUACACAAAGGACUGUCUUCUAGAGUGUCAUCUUAGAAGCCAUACAGACUGCUCAUAUUGUAAAAAUUCUUCUUAAUGUGUCUCCACCACAUUUUUUGCGCAGUAAGUUUAGGCCAGUAAUGUUAUGUUUUACUACACCACCUGUAUAAGGUGUGGAUAAAAAUUUAUGCCUAAAUUUUUACUCUACAAUUCUUGACAUUAUAACCUAUGGAAUGCUUAACUGCCUAUGUACAAAAGAAAAAAAAAAAAGAUGCCUUAACAUGCAACAGUGCUCAAGCUCCUUUUGAAGAAUUGCAGAAAUGCUUUAAGAGGAAAUGGUUCCGUCCCAUGCUGAUUGAGCACCUUUUCACCCUCAGUGUGUGCGAUUCAGGAUGGUGCUGUCUUCUUUUUUCUUGCAUUUUCUUUGAUAUACUGCCACUGCUGUUUAUUAAUGAAGAGAACAGCAGGUGCACUUUUGUUUCUAAAUGAACGCCUGUCUUAACUUUCAGUGACAUGUAGAUUUAUUAUUGUUUCAUCAGGUUCAAAUGCCCAAAAUCAAUUUUUGAAUGAAGUGCUUGCACAUAGAACUCUAGAUAUAAUUACUAUACAUGAAUACACACUCAGUAAAUUGGCAUUAGAUACUAAAAUUAACUUGCACUACUAGGAACCCGGCAUGAGCAAUUAUUUAUGUCACAAACCUAAGUGAUUGUGUUUAAAUAAAUAAAAUUUUAAAAAGUUGUUAAAUUAUAAGUUGUAGCCAUGCAUAAAUAUUGUCAAAUAAAACACAUAAACAGUGUUUUGGAAACAACUCAAAAUCAAAGUUGCACUCUGCCAUGCAGCUUUUUAUGCAUGGUGAGCAAAAAAAAGUCAUGCCAAACUGGAACCUUUCUGAGACUGUCUAAACGAAAAAUCAGUUUUGACAUCAAGUAGCAUGAAUUGAAAUUGUGUGUUUCAUAGAAGAAUUGUUACUUUGUCCUGCUACUUCGUUAAAAGAGUACUGACACAGAAUUUUUAUCUCUCUUUUCUUCUUUAUUAGAUAGCUGCCGACUCUGUAAUCUAUGAAGCCUCAUUUUUUUUAAAGCACAACAAAUAGCUAAUUGCAUCAUCUUUAAUGUGACCACUUCAAAACAUGGGCCAUGUUGCAUGUGGGUCCAAGUUUGUUGAGCCAGCUUCCUUGUUAUAUCACAGGUAUCAGACAGAGGUGGUGGUCACAUAAUAUCACAAACCACUGGCACACAAGGCACAGGUUGGUCAGCCCAGUACAGUGGUCACUUGCCACGCCAAGAUCAUCUCACUGGAAGCUGAGCGUAUCAGGCAUCUAACAGGAUAAUCGGAGAGAGAAUGUGGUCUGCAUUCUGCCAGAAGUGACAAUAGUGCUUGACCACAUGAGAUGGUUUAUCUCACGUUGAAUGCAGAGGAGUGCAGAAUAGAGGAUGAAGAAUGGUCCACAUGGCAGUGUGCAUCCAUCUUUUGGCAACGCUGUCACAGUGUGGCCUAUGACCACUGCACCUGAUGUCUGCAUCAGCGAUUUGUGAUACCACAUGACCACCAACUCUAAUUUAUGUGAUGUAAUUAAGAGUCCUGCUCAACACACACUAUGCCAUGAAGCUGCGCUCCACAUGGCGCACAUUUGAACUGGUCACAUUAACCCUUUACCUCCUGAAUUAUUUUAAAAAGAAACUUUCUCAAAAUACAGAUUUAUUUUAAAUGCUUGAUAGAAGCAGCACAUUAAAUAAAUUCCAGAAAUACAUUCAGAGCGCUAAAUUUAAUUUGAGAAUGUGCAUAAAAUUUUUUUUGAUGCUAAUGAAAGUUGGCUUCACUGCGCUUCUUGAAGUUCGCUUUUUCAGUUUCAGUUAAGCAAAACAAAAAGGUAAUGUCCCAAAUAUGACUUCUGUGGCCUGUGAGAGUUGUGACACAAACGACUGUCAUGUGGGAUCACAUUUAGUCGUGUAUGACCCACUUGGUGUGUUUUCGUUUUGUAAACGUGCCCCACGAAGGCAACGACGAUGCCACUUUUCUUGUUGUCAACUUUAGAAAUCCUUCCGCUGAUAUUUCAAAUUUUUUGCAGUGCCAUCUGUGACCAAAAUACAGAACUAGACACGUGGAUGCACUCAGAUUGUCCUUGGUGAGAUAAAUUGACACUUUUUACUGCGGCCUAGCUCGCUCAUCCAUGGUAGCCGGUGUGGAAAAUGUGUGAAUACACACUUCGCUCGUCUAUGGGAGGUAAAGGCUUGAAAAAUGAAAUAAUCAAUUAUUUGAUAAAAUUAUUAUUGAUAAUUAUCUGAUAUAGCAAAAUAAAAACACGACACAAAAUUUUUGUGUGUCAAUAUUUCUGUAAGACAGUUCAUAGGGCAAUUUAAGUCUGUGCAUGUUCCGUCCACUACAUGUGUACAAUGCGACCCACUAUUAAAGGGAACACACAAGUGUAGAUCACAUGUGAAUUUUCCCCUUUGGCAAAUGUACAAUUGCCCAGCUUUGCAGCAGAUGACUUGUGGUUGGUGGUACUGGACUCUUUCUACACACCUGUGCAGUGCAUUAACAUUGCUUCAGCCGGCACAUGCACCUAGAGCGCCAGCAAAGUGAGAGCCACACGUUAGAGUGUUCUCUUUAAAGGCACCCUGCAACAUUAUUUUAACUGCCAAGUGUUGUGCAACAACAGGUUCCUUGUAUGGCAAAUCAGUUCUGCAGAAGUCCGCAAGGUGGAGAAAAGUUCAUGAAAGGGAAAAAUUGUCAUCUACCCGACUAUAGCAUUAAGCUACACAAGAAACCCAUAUGGGCUUCUCAAAAAGAAAGCUUUGCAGCUGAAAAAAAUUCGCCCUGGUCUGAAAUUUUUCAACUGCAAAGCUUUCUUUCCGAGAAGCCUGUAUGGGUUUCCUUUGUAGCUUCGUGCUACAGUCGGAUGUGUGACAAUUUUUCUCUUUCAGUUUUCUUGUAUAGUCAGUCCUGAGGUAAAUGAAAAAAUAAAGACAAACGUGAGCAAAUGAAAGUUAUUUAACUUACAAAUUCGAUGUAAAAGCAGAUGAACAAAAAGGGGCAUACCCUUUCGCAUUUCAUUCAUCCUACGAGGACUUGCGCUGCUUCUAAUCAAAAUGUUGCUUACGUUAACAUAGUGGAAGCUGUCGUCCCAUCGUGGUUUUCCCAUCGUGGUUUUCCCCCGACAACCCGUAGCCACACUUUUUGACAAGCAUUGUUACUGUGCUUAGAAUCUCCACGUGCGUAGCACGUUACAGCAGCACUGGUGGUAACAUCAUGUGAUGCUUUCAACCACAGAACCCAAUAAAUAUUUAUGUUCUGUCAUUUUCUUGCAGAAGGCGAAAAAAGAAAAUCUGGUAUAUGCAAAUGAUUCUUGCUGCCAAUGCCUUUGUACAAGCAGAUAGGUAGAACAUGUUUGUUGAAAUGCACUCUAGUUGACGUAAGUGUCACAAGAUGGCACCGGCAGUGCUCUAGUGUGCUAUUAUUCAGUACGCCAUAUUAUAUGCUUAUGAGCAGGUUAAAACUCUCUAGUGAGUUUCUCUCAUAUGACAGAAUUGGAACAUAAUAUCCUGCAAUGAAGUGAUGUGCUAUGCAUCAUCCCAUAUGAUAAAACACCUUUAGAAGAACCUGAAUCACCAUCGAACCUGAAUCGCCACCAAACCCAACACGGCGCGAAGUGAAGAGCACACUUUGUGUUAGGGUGCCUGGAUGAGCUCCCUCUCAGGGGAGAAAGAGCUCAUAAAACACCCUAGUGUGUAUAAACUGUUGGACAGUUUACGCUUACAACUGGGACCUUGUCCCAGUUGUAAGUGUUUUUUUUUUUUUUUUAAUUUAUAUUGCGAGCAGCUGAGACCUCUUUAUAACUCUAAAAAUCGUAAAAGACAAUUUUGUUUAAAAGUCGCGAUUACAUGCAUAGCAUUAACAUAUACAGUAUCAUCUUCAUGCCCAACCAAUCAAAAUGAACAGCAUGAACCUAUAUGUCAUGUGCCUUCUGUCUCACAUCUGCUGACGAAAAUCAUUGGUGUGUGGACGUUGCAGUUGGCAGGUAAACUGAUUUCUGGAGAAAAUUAAAAUCCUAAAUGCUCUGACCUCGGUACUUUCACUGCCACUGAAUCAUCAAGUCCUAUAAUAAACAAAUAUGGAAUGAAAACAACAUGCAUUAUUUGCAUCACAGGGCCCCUUUAACUGUAGACCACUCUGCACAUGCACAGAGCAUUGCAGCUAGCUGCAGCCUGGCAUCUCUACAUGUGUAUACUUGAAGCUUUUGCAUAUUCAUGUUCAAAAGUGCUGCUGAGUUGUUGCAGUGUGUAACUGCAUAAAGAUUGUUUGAUGUUUCGGGCAGCAGGAAAUUUCGUGAAUAGAAAGCACCGUUAGCAUCCGUUUAGAGGCAAGAUGGUCAUUAGCGCUGCAUGGUGAUAGUGCAACUGGAUGUUAAAAAAGACAUUAUUUAAUUGGUUCAGGAACCAUUUCAACAGGUGUUUAACAAAGAAUGGAACAAGGGGUAGAUUAAUGGGAGAAGCACUACCAGGGCAAGUCCAGCUGAUUGUUAUUGUGACAAUGUAUGGUCCCUAUUGAUAGUGUGAGAAUAACACAGUAUGAGUCAUAAUGAUUUAUUUAUUGGUUUGUUUUUCUUUGAGCGUUCAGAGCACUUUAGUGUCUUGAAUCGGCAUUCAAGGGCAGUAUUAAACAAUGAAAGCCUAAGUUCCUAAUUUGUGGCAUGUAGUCUAGAAGUGAAAUCUUGUAAUGUCUACUUUCUCUGACCUAUCUUAUAAAGCUGAUAUGUGCCUAGAGAAAUUGUUUUGGUGCUUUUUUGUGUUUUUGUAGUUCAUACAAAGAAAGUAGCAAGGUGUGACGUUUCUAGGGUGCAGUUUUUUUAAUUAAAGCUAUCUAAUAUUAGUAAUAGCAAUAUAACGUGCAUUUGCUUAUUCAUAUGGCUUUGACAGGUUUGUAAUUACUCAGUUUCUUGAGUAACUUAUUCUGAAAAAUCCUGAAGGCAAUGAAAGAAAGCAAAAUGACAACUGCUUGGAACAAGACGGUGAACAUGUGUACCAAGUGAAGCAAGUUUAUCAAGGAUGAGCAGACUAGUCAAGCACAUCUGACUGAGGUUUAGACCCAUGGUAAAGAGCACAUAGUGCACACUGUUGUCACGUGCACAUAAGAUGAGACUAUUUUUUCACUAUGUGCUGCCUGAAAGCAGUGUUUCGUCCACAUGUUACAAUCUGUAAAGAAAAUACCCUGAAACACAAUGAAAGGGAUGAAGUAGUUCACAAACAUUGCUUAUACUUCAUAGCAUUGAACCAUACUUCAUUAGCUGACAUUGCCAUCCUAGACUUGGCCAAAUCGGGCCUUUGUGUGAAAGAAACGUAUACUCAACAAUGGCUAAUUGUGUACAUCAUUUGCUCUUUUGUUUCCCCUUACCCUCAGAGCCUACACUAUCAUAUUUGUGUAACCUUUUGUACAUACAUGCAGCAGCAGAUAUCUAUUUUAGAAAUCAUCGUUUUCAUAAUGUAACUGCCAUUUUCAUUGUGUGUGGUUGUUUCUGUAAAGAAAGUAGCCGUGUGUCUGUGUGACCAACACCCAUUGCAAAACAUAUACCUGUACAAAGUCAUUCUCAUUGCAGUUGAAGCUUACAUAAAAGAAAAUGCAAAGCACGCUAAUUUGCUGACAUGUAAUGCAGUGCUACCUAAUUUUGGUGGCACUGACGAUUAUGCUUCCAUUCCUUGGCAGGCUAAAAAUACAACUGCCAUGGAAAUGACCUGCAUCUGCUGUAGUUCAAUCUGUGGUCAUACCUAUGGGUCUUCCCUUAUUGCAUAGCUUAAAUGAAGCCACUUUCUUCACAACUCAUACAUUGAGAACUUCAUUGGUUGCAUUUACGUGCUUAAUCUAUUUGGUUUUCAGGCCAACAUUAUGUAAAAUAUGAAGUGCACGAGAUUUCCUCGCAGACCUCAUUUCAAGAUAGUUCCUGUUUUUCUGGAAUUUUCACAAAUCAAAGUUGUAGGUCGUAGAGCUUUGCCUCUUCGGCUGCACUACUUGAAGAGGCAGAAGUUACUUUCAUUAGAAUUCAAGUUUAAUUAGCUCUUUAUUUAUCUUCACUAAUUAGCAUUACAACUAAUUGCUUUAGGGCUUAUGUUGCAGUUGUGGAAUCUGAGCCAGUCUGUGCUAAACCUAUGUUCAUGGUUAGAAAUUCUCAGGCGAGUGCCAGUUUCAGUAUAAUUUCAUCCCAAAAGGGUGCACUAAAACAUUGACGUUCCGAGUGUUAUUUUCCCAAGCAGGCCUUUCUUACACACUUCACAAUAAAACUACAAGAAUGCCAUUGUAUGGUGUGGCACAUUUUGGGAAUAGCCAUCUCAGAAGUAGUGCUAGUCCUGAGAUUUCUAUGAAGUAGAUUGACCAGCUUCAAUUGUAUAAUCACAGCAUGUGUCCUGGGGUGAUUAAUGAAUCACUAAUUACUGUUCAGCUAAUUGGCCUGGCUUUUCAAUUUCAUUGCAAUUCAUCCAUGUCGUUUCACUUUGUCACCUAUGUAAUGUCCUGCACGUCAAGUAAUCCUCCUGAAAAGAUGAAGCUUCACUAUCUACAAUAGGUGAUUUGCAAAUUCUAGUUUAAGCAAAUGUGAUCUGUACAUAUAACAACAGAGUGCAGAAAGUGCACCUUAUCUGAAUUCUGGUGUAUGUUUAAGUGUUAACAUGAGUUAUGUUUCCAUGGAAGUGUAUGCACUCUGAUGCACACAUGUACGUAUGUGUUUCUCUUAAUUAUUAUUUGAAAGCAGCCAGAGUUUAUUUCUGCACAAAUAUAGAACUUGCACUUAUGAUCUAAAUUUUGUGUAGUCAUGUGGUGUCUGGGCAUAGAAUGUGCACACAAGACGCAUUAGAUUUGUUGGUGCUGCCAUUUGCCAAUUUAAUGUUCAGUGAUAACACAGUGCAUGCAUCACUGAUGCAUGGCAUGAAGUUCAUUUAUGAAUAUAGUGUUUUGUAGAUUCAGGUUGCAGAAGCAAUGAUGUACAUCACUGUUGUUGUAAGAGAUGCAUAUGCUAAGACUGCACAGCUUGAAAUAUUAUCAUGUUACCUUCUGUAACUGAAGGUUAAAAAGUCUCAAGUGUUUCAAUCAUUUCGUCCAUGGUAACCUUUGUUAAGAUUUCUUGACGUCCCAUGUACAUGAUAACAAAAAUGUAUAGGCCAGGCCAGGUUAGGACUGGGCCUUUGUCCAUUUUGUGUACUGCACUUAGGUUUAUGACAGAUGCCAGUCGUCCAUUUUUGAAACAAAUGCUCAUUGAUAGGUGCAAAGCAACUGGUUUCGUGAAGUGUACCGUGUUUGGAUAUUUUUAUCUUGUUUGCAGCAUUCAUAUGAAAGUGGCACAUAUGAUUGUUAAUGCAGAGUUGUCUUAUUGCAGUUUUAAACAUUCACACUGAUACGGCUUGGAGUGCAGUGAUAUGCAGUGGGUAAAUUCUUCUUUUUGUCUUGCACAGUGCCAAAUGCAGUAUUCGAGCACCUGAAAGUUGCUGCUGACUAUUAAUUAUUGUUGUGCAGCCUUUGUGCAGUGUUAUAGCUAGUGUAUUAUUGUGACACACUGGCCCUUGUGGACACACUGCAUUCACAAAGCAUCAAAUUUCAGAGCUUAGAGAUAUGAGCUACAGUGUAUGGCUUGUUGUCAUGGUAUGUCAUGAUACCCAUAAACAUUCCACAUGAGGUUCUGCGCAUAUUUAUAGACAUUUUUCCCAGCUAGUUAUUGGCAUUAGCUGAUACAUCCUGCUAUACCGGUGAGUGCAUUAGGAUGCAAUGGCAGGUAACAUCAACCAUGAGAUCUUCACUUGUAGCUUAUAUCUCCAGAUUCUGUGCAGACAAUAUAUUGCAAGUCAUGGUGAAAUAUGUGUGGUAAGUUAAAUUCUAUUUUAAAAAUAUGUUGGCAUUGCUAAAUUGUAUCAAACAAUGUCUUACAGCCAGGCCCAUUAAUUUUUGUUCACUCUUUCACGCACAUUGUGUACACAACAAUGUAUUUAUGGCACAUAUCCUUUUAUUUACUCAAAGGCACCUGAGUGUCCUGGGUAUGUAUUAUUUUGUUAAAGCAAGAAAAGCUGUCCUCAGCUAUGUGAAUAAGCAGAUAACAGUGCAAUUAUGAUAAUGAAAAUAACCCUCUGCAGUGAGGUUCUAAACGAAGUUGCUGUGGUUUCAUGUGGCAUCGAUAAAUAUUACACAUUUGAGUAACUGCUGUGGCUACCAACUUUGCUAAGGCAUAAAGUGUGUGCUUGGGAUGCACCAAGUUAUCAGAGUUUUUUUUAUAUUCAGCAUUUCUGAGGUGUUCCUUUCAUUAACCAAUAUUUCACAUGUGCACCAUCACCACACCAAUAGUAUUGUUUUUUACCAUUCAUUUUGCACCUUGGGACAAGAAUCUGGCUGCUGAUUGAAAACUGCAGCCAGUAGCUGUGCUUGGCUGGCCAAUCAUGAACAAGGUCUCCGUCCCACUGCUAGAAGUGGCCAGCUGAUGUGUGUUUAAAAGCUUUAAUAGUCAUUUAUCAGGAAUGUAUUCAUUGUGCUUGUCCGAACCUUGGCAACUGUGGCAGAGCUCCUGCUACGCUUGGCUGUGUUUGCAAGUGCUAAUAUAACACUGCACUUGUACAGCCAAUGACUUCAAGGCCAGUAUGCCCUGUAAUGCUUGAAUACUUUGUACUUGCUAGAAUAGGAUGGGCAUCAAUGCCAGUUUUGUUUGGCGGUAGCAUGGUUCAUCAUGCUGAAAUCUUUACUACGAUAGAUAAGUUGUGACAGAGCUUAGAGAUUGUCGGCUAUUAAUGGCAGAUGUCGAGGUGCUGCUUGCUUGAAAUACAAGGUAUUUUCAGAUAACAAUGAACUAAGUAGCCCCAUGACCACUUUUUAUUUGAAAUGAAAUUUUCAUGUAGUUAUAGCGGAGUCUUUCUGCAAGAAAAGACUGCAAGUGAGAAGGUGCAUAUUUGUGAUUAGCAAAUUUUGCAGUUGCUUGAAGGGUUAGAACAAAAAAAACUAAAACACACUACCAAGCAAAGUUUGUUAUGACAAUUUAGGAUCAGUUGUUAUUAAGGCUAGUGCAAUUUUGAGAUUUCUGUGGUGCAAAUUAAAUAAAGGGGAAAAAAUGGGGCAGAGUGACUCCAGGAGCGGGCUCUUUUGAAUUAGGCGAAGUGGAGCAGCUUGCAACUAUACAGUAUGCUUAUACUAAUACAAAUAGGUCGAAACUUUCUUAACUAUUAUUCCCUCAAAUGGUCGUGUUUCAUUUUUUUUUUCAUUGUAAAAAAUUUGUGGCUACAAAUAAUGCAGAUUUUUGUAAUUUAAUGCUUAAAGAGGUCAAAAUUUUUAAAACUAUGAAAAUGGGCAUUUUUCAAACACCAUAAAGAACUUGUCAGCUUUAAUUUCUGUCAAAAUUUUUCUGAAUGGUGACCACCCAAGUAGUAAUUAACGAACUCAAAAGCAUGCUGCAUCAUCAUCAAGUUGGAAAACUAACACUGUAUCUGAAUUUAUGUAUUGUUUUUUGUGCCAUCAGGAAGAAUCAUAAUUCUUUUUUAAAUGUCACUCUAAUUUCAAUCCUGUAGUAUUUGGUCGCAACAUAACCUGGAGAUGUAAAAAACUAUUUUGCUCAUUAGCUGGCAAGAAAUUAGCCAGCUAAUUUCAACAGAUGCAAUUUGCUAUCCCAGAUGAAAAUUUUGUUUGCAAACGAAAAAUGGUCAUGGGGCUGCCUGGUUUAUUCUUAUCUGAAUGUACCCUACAGGAACGUAGCUUAAAAGCUGCAAGAAAAGCAGAAAAUUGUACUGUGUUCCGUGUUGCAUAAUACAGUAGAACCUCAUUAUAGUAACCAAUUAGCAGUAAAAUAUAGACAAGGAAAGAACUAUUGUAAACACAUAUGCAGGCCCAGUUUAUCGUGAUAAGUGCAUAAGUAUAAACUAUAGGCCAAAAUAGUUUUUCUUGUGUGUGCAUGUGUGUUAUCCACAAAUACCAUUUUUCUCAACUUGAAGGCAACCAUAUUUAAGACCAGCUAGCAGAAACAUGAAUGCUAAAUUGCUGUCUUGGCUUUAAUGAAGCAGUAUGCUUUAACAAAAAAUGUACUGCUUAUGUUACUGGAUGCUGGAAAAUGUUUGCGUAAGCACAGGUUUAUGGAUAUAACGAGAAUAACAGCACACUUGGAGUUCUUUAGGUGGCAAAAAUAGUGUUACAAUUUUCACUUUCAGACAACUCCUAAUAAGCAACCAUAUUUUAAUAUAUGUACAUAUAGUAACAAGCUUCUUCUUAUGACAAGGGUGCUGAUUAUCUUUUUUUUUUCCCCAAGAGAUUACUGUACUGAGGUUGUACUGUAUUUAAAACAUUCAAUCUUGUAAUGUUAUAUUCCAUCAUUCUAGGCAGAUUGCAGACAAUUUUUUAAACAGGCAUAACAUGCAUUUAAUAUGCCAGCAGUGUCUUCAGAUACAUUCCAUGCUUACCCGUUCCUCUAUUUUCCCUGGUCACCUUGUUAAAAUUCUUGGCUUUAUAUAAUAUUGAAAACUGGACAUGUCUGCCUUUUCUUUCUAAUGUAAGUGGCUAAGAAAAAUGUUUUAUUUUCAGUCUCACCUGUUAAGCUAGUUGCAUAGGCAUUUUGGAAGUCUUUAUUAGAGGAAGAGUGCUUGUUUGCACCCUGGUGCAGGGAAUAUAGGCGUAGCAAUCAGAUUGCAGAGGUGUACACAACCAACAUUCAUAAUCUGAAGCCUCAUCUUGUGAAGUCAAAACCAUUAUGUUGCCAAAGCAAGGCUACGUCUAGAGAUCUGUGUGUAUUGCAAAGUACAAAAAGGUGAAACCCGUCUUCCUGCCCCAUAAAUGCCUUUCUAUAUCCCACAAAACAGGAUCCCAGGUAGUACAAUGACAAAUUUGCCAAAUUUUCAAUCCUACCAUCUGUUUUCUGCACCAUCACCCUUCUAUAACAAAAGGCAAGACAUUGUUUCAUGCAUUGCCUAAGAAGUGUGUUGGCACUUGUUUUGUGCUGUGGUUCCUUUUAGAAUAAAUGCUGUCCUGCCUGAUG